UGAACCACAAAAUCAGUAUCAUUUGGCAGGCGUAUUCUUAACAAGAACCAUUUAAAUUGAGUACUAGAUGUUGUGGCUGUGUCGUGCGCGUGAACCCCGUAGGGCUGGGGAGGCACCAGCUGCCGCGCGGGGAGGAGGCCGAGGCCACAGCUUGAGGGAGGCCCUGGCCCCUCUGCACCUGUGUAUGGCAGAGCUGGUGUGAGACCAAGAGACAGUCCUUCCCAGCCGCCGGGAUAAUCAAGAGUUUUGGCCGGAACUUUGAGCACACACCGAAAUAGUGAGGAGCCAGUUGAAAAGCACAGACUAUGGUGCUGAAACGGAUUAAUAAGGAACUUAGUGAUUUGGCCCGUGACCCUCCAGCACAAUGUUCUGCAGGUCCAGUUGGGGAUGAUAUGUUUCAUUGGCAAGCCACAAUUAUGGGACCUAAUGACAGCCCAUAUCAAGGCGGUGUAUUCCUUUUGACAAUUCAUUUUCCUACAGACUACCCCUUCAAACCACCUAAGGUUGCAUUUACAACAAGAAUUUAUCAUCCAAAUAUUAACAGUAAUGGCAGCAUUUGUCUCGAUAUUCUAAGAUCACAGUGGUCUCCUGCUUUAACUAUUUCUAAAGUUCUUUUAUCCAUUUGUUCACUGCUAUGUGAUCCAAACACACAUGACCCUCUAGUGCCAGAGAUUGCAUGGAUCUAUAAAACAGACAGAGAUAAGUACAACAGACUAUCUCGGAAACGGACUCAGAAGUAUGCCAUGUGAUGCUACCUUAAAGUCAGAAUAACCUGCAUUAUAGCUGGAAUAAACUUUAAAUUACUGUUCCUUUUUUGAUUUUCUUAUCCGGCUGCUUCCCUAUCAGACCUCAUCUUUUUUUAAUUUUAUUUUUUGUUUACCUCCCUCCAUUCAUUCACAUGCUCAUCUGGGAAGACUUAAGUCCUUCCAGCUUUGGACAAUAACUGCUUUUAGAAACUGUAAAGUAGUUACAAGAGAACAGUUGCCCAAGAUUCAGAAUUUUUUAAAAAAUGGAGCAGGUGUAUUAUGUGGCCAGUGUCUUCACUCUAACUUGGUUAUGAGACUAAAACCAUUCCUCACUGCUCUAACAUGCUGAAGAAUCAUCUGAGGGGGAGGGAGAUGGAUGCUGAGUUAUCACAUCAAAGGAAGCAGCAUUAUUCUAGCAGCAUCCAUUCAUGUGUAAGCCUUCCACUGUUAGAGAUUUGAGGUUACAUGAUAUACUUUAUGCUCGUAACUGACGUGGCUGGAAAAUUGGUAUUGAAUUUAUAGCAUCAGCAGGACAGAAAAUGUGAUGUAUUUUAUGCAUGUCAAUAAAGGAAUGACUUGUUCUUGUUCCACAGAGAAUGGAAAUUGGAAGUCAGACACCCUUUGUAUUACAAAAUAGGGUCUCAAACAUUUUGUAAUUUUCAUUUAAAUUGUUAGGAGGCUUGGAGCUAUUAGUUAAUCUAUCUUCCAGUACACUGUUUAAUAUAGCACUGAAUAAAUGAUGCAAGUUGUCAAUGGAUGAGUGAUCAACUAAUAGCUCUGCUAGUAAUUGAUUUAUUUUUCUUCAAUAAAGUUGCAUAAACCAAUGAGUUAGCUGCCUGGAUUAAUCAGUA